ACUUACCUCCGGCUCUUUUUGAUGAUGGUGAUGACUUUCUGACUAAGGAACUGACGACGUUGUUUACAAAGGUUUGGGUGUUAGAGAGUGUACCAACGUCAUGGAAUGAGUCGAUAGUUGUCCCUAUCUUUAAAAAGGGUUCACGUCGUUCCUGUAACAACUAUCGGGGGAUAAGUCUACUUCCGAUUGCGUCCAAGCUAUUGGCUUCCGUCAUACUUCGUAGGUUGUUCAAAACUCGGGAAAGAUUGACUCGCGAGGAGCAGGCUGGGUUUCGUUUUUAUUAUUUAUUUCAACACAGAUAUUGGUACAAAGAGGUCAGUCAGUCAGUAACAACGUAGAACUUCGUACGUACGUACAUCAGUUCGAGUUGCCACACCACCUUAACACAGAGAUGCAGUUGUCGAUUCAAAUCCCGUAGUGGUAGAGGUAGCAAGAGUGUAAGCAAUGAUCGGGAAGAUUAGGGUUUGGAGAUGUUAUUUAAAGAGUAUAAUUCAGUGAAAUAAAUUUGGAAAGAGGAAAAAAGGGACAUGACGAAUUCAAAAGAUUAGAAUUUGGGAGAACACAAAGAGUGGAUGCACCUGCGCCAUUGCAAACGAUUUUGAGCCAUGUCAUUCAGGGUCUCUAACCAUCGGUUGCUAUCAUCUCGCGGUCCCCAACCAGGUAGUCUAUACCUAUCAACAUGACUCAGACCACUUGUCAGUGACUUCAUGGACUUGUGCCAUGUUUUGGUCUGACCGCCCCUAGCUUUCUUCCAAUCUACUCCUAUACCACUGAACAUCGCACGUCGAGGCAGUCGGUCGUUGGGCAUACGUAACACGUGUCCCAGCCAUCUCAACUGAUGAAGUUUCACCACUUCAUCAAUUGAUUUGCCAUCCUUACCUAGUACCCGUUUCCUAACAACUGUGUUACUUACUCGGUGGUCCCAUGAUAUACGAGCAAUGUUUCGAAGACACCUAAAUACAUAUGCGCCACACAAAUCUCAUUCGAUAUGUGUGAGGGCUGUGAUACUGCCCGGGUGCCCAGACCGAAGCAGGUGGUUUUCUUAGGGGGCCACACCUCGAGCCUUUGACCUAAAGGUCUGAUCCACAAGGCAGUGGAGCAUCAUCAGGAGAUGCAGUCCCGUGGAAGCCGGUGACCAACAAUUGGUUCAUACGCCACUUGUUCCCGCAGGAUACUGGAGCCCAUGUGCACCAUUGGUUUGUGAUCCGGUUAAAGCGCCAGACAUUCGCUUUUCGUCCCCUCAUUUUCGUAAACAACAUCCGUGGUGCGGGAAGGCAGUGAGUAGGACUUCCCUGGCAGAGGCUAUAUACGCGAGGAUGUAUUGAUCAUAUCUUCACCCUCCGUCAAAUGUUAGAACACCGCCAUACUUAUCAAAGGCCAACAAUCGUAGUGUUUCUUGACGUCAGGGCUGCCUUCGAUUCGUUGGGUAGGACUGUUCUCUGGGAUUGUCUAUUGAAGAAGGGUGUGCCUGAGAAGUUUAUUAACAUCCUAAAAGCCCUAUAUACAAACACCUCAGGCAGAGUGAGGGCAUACAACCACCUCUCUCCAUUGUUCCAUUCGAGCAGUGGGGUUAGACAAGGUUGCCCAAUCUCACCAUUCCUCUUCAACUUUGCCAUCGAUGACAUUCUGGAAACAGCUCUGAUGGAUGUAGGUAAUGGCGCUGUGGAUCUGUUGCCUGGAGAAAGACUUCUAGACCUUGAGUAUGCGGAUGAUAUUGUCUUACUGUGCGACAAUGCUCAAGGCAUACAAUCCGCACUUAAUCAGUUGGCAAUCAGUGUCCGUAGGUACGGUAUGUGAUUUGCACCUUCGAAUGUUUGCUAGUUUCUUUAUUUUUUGUUUGCCUAACAUUUGUCAAUGUAUUUAGUUCGUUCGAUUACACUUGUUCCAACCUAUUUAUUGAUUAGUUCCCCAUAUGUUGUCAGUAACCUACUAAUUUAUUACUGGGUUCUAUUUGUUAGCCUGUUACUGUCAUCAUAUUACUUCAGAGUUGAACUUACUAUCGUUACUUAAAUGUGAUUAGUCUAAUACAUAUAUGUACGUAAAUCCUUUCUCAUUCUCGAUAAUAUAAGUAGUUUUUUUUAUUAGAAUUUAAAAGAUCAGUUGCCUUAUUUUCUCUUUCAUGUUCAAUAAAAAGUUAUUUAAUGUUUCACUUCAUAUUUUUAUUAUGAGUUUUGGUAGCUAGUAGUAUUUUCAGUUUACUUUUUUACUUUAGCAUGAAGUUAUCCAAGUUUUCUUAAUAAGUUAUUUUCUGUCAUUUUAGUUAUGUUAGAUGAACUACCGCAUCGAGUUAAUUGGAAAGACAGUAAUACUACUAUUGGGAGUGGUUCAACAAGUCUUACGACUGGUUUUCAUGAAACGCACAAGGAAAGAUUUGAAGAUUGUGUUGGAAGUUGGACAAACCUAGAAGACUGCAGACUACUUGAUCAUGUCUCUCGACUGGGUGAAAAUCGUUGGAAUCUGAUUGGAAAAAAACUUGGCAAGUCAGCUUUUCAAUGCUCAGAAAGAUAUUUGAAGCAUUUACGUCCUCAAAUGUUAGGAUCCAGUAAAACCUAUACAACUCUAAUACAACAUAGAGCUAUACCACAAACAAUUCUCAAUUCAGAUCAAAAUUCAACAUGGACAAAAGAUGAAGACUCAACUCUCCUCCAGUUGUAUUUAACAUAUGGAUCCAAUUGGGAGUUAAUAGCUAAUCGCCUAACUACUAGUGGUAGUUCGCAUAAAAAACGAACUGCUGUAGAUGUAAGACAACGAUAUGAAAAAGUUGUUCUCCAAUAUUGGCCCAAUUAUGAUCAAGAAAAUCGUCCACUCUCUAGUUUACUGUUUCGUAAUUCGCUAUUAUCCUGGUCAAAUAGUCCUAAAAAUAACAGUACUCACAACAACACAAGUUCAAAUGAUCAAUCAAUAACUAGUAAGAACAAUGCUCGACCCACUUAUCUAAUCCCAUUAUCUUCAUUAAAGUCGAAUUACGAUUCUACAACAAAUGGAAAUUGGAAAAUUCGUCUGACCCAACCUAUUCAUCAUCAUGAUUCAGGUUUUAGUGAAUCUGGUUUGUCGAACAGUGUCCAGUCUGGUGGAAGUAAUUCUCAGCAAUCUCUGAGGUAUUCGGUUGUGACGACUUCCAUCAGUUCUCACAAUUCGUUAUUAUCUACAUCGACUCCAGUGGAUUUAAUUAAAAAUGGUCCAUUAUUAUCUAGUCCUGAUAAAUCUCAAUUAAGCCUACCAUCAUCAUCAUCAUUACUUAUCAAAUCAAAUUCACCUAAAUUACUUGAAUCCAGUAUAAAUGACGAUCUCAUUAAUUCUCCUACUUCUUCGUUUUCAUUUAAUUUUUAUAAUAAUCAUAAUAACAAUAAUAAUAAUUGUUCAUCAAAAACAACCUCUCCAUUAAAAUCAAUUCAUCAGACAACAAAUGGAUCAUUAAGUGUUCUGAUAACUGAUGAUAACAAUAGUAAUAAUACUAAUAAUAAUCAUUUUGUUAUACAAACACCUACAAAAGCAUUAAGUGAAGCUGAUCAAUUAUCAUUUCAUUUAACUAGUCCACCAGCUGUUUUAGGUUCUGCUGGUCGUUAUCCUGUUACUAGUUUAAAUCAUAAAACAACAGAUUUAGAUAAAACUCCAAUUGGUUCAAGAAUUCCACGUUGUUCACAGAUAAGAGGAGAUGGUGCACCGUUACGCAGACCACUCUGUACCAGGUUGUUUGAUAAUAUUCCAAAUAAUACUUCUCUUCCUUCAACGUCACUUUCUUCAUCGUUUACAGUAAGUAGUACUAAUCGUAAUAAUUUGUCCGAGAAAACAUUCUCAACGUUAUCCUCUUCAGCAACAUCAUAUAAUUCCUGUGAUGAAGCCAAAUGUAUAGCUAUUCUUACAGCCAAAGCAACUGUUUGGAAUCGAGCACUUUUACCAACCACUUCUACGUCAACAACAGCAACAUCUUCAUUGUCAACAUCUCAAAAAUCUCAUCUUUCUUAUUUUACUGCGAAUAAUAAUAUUAAUAAUAGUAACAGAUUAUUCAAUGAGAAUGAAUUCAACAUGAAUCCAUAUCAUUCUCUUAACUUUUCAAUUUCUAAAGAUACAAUAAUGAAUUAUCAUAAUAAUCUAUAUCCUUAUAAAUCAUAUUCUCAAACAGUUAAUAAUGAUAUCAACUUUAAUCCUCCAUUAAAACCGUUAAAAUUUCCUGCUAGAAAACAACCUCAUUUAACACUUCGACGUAUUGUACAAAUUGCUAAUGAAGAUGAUUGGCAAGAAGUUGCUUAUGGUAAUAGCUAUGCUUCUCAAACAUUAAUUCGACUAGCCAAAUCAUUUACGAAUAAUUAUCAACAACAAUCCAUUAAUGAAUUAAAUGAUCUCUCAUCUCAUUCAUCAUUAUCUUCACCAUUAUUGCCUAUAAUAAAGAGAACAAUAUCAGAAGAAUCAAUUAAUCAUUAUUCAAUUGAUCAUCAAGAUUGUUUCUUGGAACUAGAACAACCGAUGGACAAUUAUUAAUGAGAAUUAUUCUCUUUUUAUCUUUACUUCAUUUACUUCGUUUCUAAUACAGUAUAUUUUAAAGUGUGACAACUCAAACUGAUGUACGUACGUACGAAGUUCUACGUUGUUACUGACUGAUUUUAAAGUGUGACAAAUACAAUCCCAAUUGGGUUAUAUAUAUAUAUCUAUUUUUUAAUAGUUUCAACAUUCUCGUUCCUUUUUAUUUAACAGUGGAUUAUUAAUUUGUAAUCAUAUAUUAGUUGGUUAGUAACAGGAAUGGGUCUUUUAUUCUAUUUAGUCAAGAAAGAAUUUUUGUUUCAUUUCAGUCUUUUUUUUUUCUCAUAUUCUCCCAUACCACUCAUUACUACAACUCCCUGAUCUUCAUCUUAUGAUGAUAUAGUAUUGGUAUAAAAAACCAAAACGAUGUACUGUACCGUUUUGAGUUCAAUCAUUCUUUCAUGUCUACAUACAUUUUACCGUUAUUGCUACUUUUCUUGAGAAUUGAUACUUAUCAUUUGAAACUGGUUUAAAAAUAACCACAGUUUCUAGUUUUCUUUCUUUGUUUCUUUAUUAUCAUAAGUGAUCAGAUGAUAUCAAUUCAUGUGAAUAAGUGAAUUUACGAUGUUAAUGUUAAUAAAGAAUCAAAUGGAUUUAAUCUAAAAGUGUGUAUGUAUAUGUGUCUAUGUAUUCGAUUUCACUUCAAUCUCUAUUAUUAUUAUUUAACCAUGAUCUUCAUAGUUUUAUAUGUGAUUUUCACAAGAAAUCACUUAUCCAUUUGAUAAACUUAUUAUAUUAUAAAUAUGUAUCAUUUCUAAUCCUUAUUCCGAGUGAUUUAUAUAUACUAUUGAAAAAAAAAUUUAUCAUAUUACUAACAACACUACUCAUAUUAGUAAUAUUCAUAGUAUUGUUUACGCAUUAACUAGGUGGUUUUUCUUCUCCAAACUAAGCAAUUAUGUGAUAUUCAUUAAACAUAUAUAUAUGUGUAUAUAUAUGUAAUUAUGAAUUCAUCUUUGUUUAUUGUUACUCUUCACUAUGAAAUAACUAUAGGUGUUCAUUAUUCUUUUUUCUCAUACAUUCACUACUUUAGUGUUAUGUUAGACUUCCUCCUCUUCUUCUUCUUCUUCUUCCUAUUACUGUUUAUCAUUUCAUUCUACUUAUAAUUCUUCUAUGAAAUGUUACAUCUGAAUGUAAUUUAUCAUAAUUCAAAAGAUUAAUUCUCUAUUCUCAUAAUCCUUCUUUAUGUUGUGUAUACACAAUUCAUGAACAUAUUGUAUACUUUUUGUGUAUUAGAUCACUAAAACCAUAAAUUCAUGAUCCAUUAUAAUUUCUUAUUCUUCUUCUCUUAAAAAUCUAAUUAUAAUAAUUACAUAACAGUGUGUUUUUUUUGUUUUGUUUUUAUCUCUUCUAUCUAUAUCCUUAUUACAUGAUAAACUAGUUACAAUACAAUAUGAUUAUACUCUAUCCUAUAUGUCAUUUAAGAUUAUUAACUCAUUUAUCUCUAUCAUUCUUGUUUUAAUGCUUACUUUAUAAAUAAAAGUCAAUUUUAUAU